GGGCCUAGCCGGGCCCGGAGCCGGAGCCUGGCCUAGCCUGGGGGCCGGCGGGACGCGAUGUGGCUGCUCCUGCGGGGCGUAGCGGCGCGGCGGGCCGCCCUGCGGCUCUCGGGAGGCGCUUCCCGCAGCGGCUCGCGGCGGCCCUUGUGGCGGCUGGGCGUGGGGCUGGGCCUGGCGGCGACGGCUGUUGCCAUAGCCGGGCCGGGCUGGGACGUCGAGGAGGGGCCGCCCAGAGAAGCGGACUUCCAGCGGGCCGUCGCCCGGAGCAGAGACCUCCUCCAGCGGCUAAAGGACGAAGUGGGGGCCCCCGGCGUGGUGGUCGGCGUGUCCGUGGACGGGAAGGACGUCUGGACAGAAGGUAUUGGUUAUGCUGACCUGGAGAAUCGUGUGCUCUGCUGUCCAGAGACUGUCCUACGAAUUGCCAGCAUUAGCAAAUCUCUGACAAUGGUUGCUGCUGCAAAGCUGUGGGAAGAAGGGAGGCUGGAUUUAGAUGCUCCUGUGCAGAAAUAUGUCCCGGAAUUUCCUGAAAAAGAAUAUGAAGGUGAAAAGGUCACUAUUACAACAAGGCUGCUGGUAUCCCAUUUAAGUGGGAUUCGCCACUAUGAGAAGGAUAUUUCUAAAGUCAAGGAAGAAAAAGAAAAGGCUAACAGAAAAGCUGCAAAAAUAGCAGCCUCUGCUUCAAGAGAGAAAGAGAAGGAGAAGGAAGACAAAGGCACCGAAAAGAGUGACUCGAUUAAAGGCAAGCCAGAACAGGAAGGCAAAAAUCCCAAAACUGGAAGGAAGAAAAGGGAGUUUGAACACGAAGAAUAUUAUUUGAAGGACAAAUUUGAGCAUGUGAUUGACUCAUUGAACAUCUUUAAAAAUGAUCCUUUAUUCUUUAAACCAGGUAGUCAGUUUUUGUAUUCGACUCAUGGGUUUACUCUCCUGAGUGCUGUUGUGGAGAGAGCUUCAGAUCAGAAGUUCACGGACUACAUGCUGAAAAUAUUCAGUGACUUGGGCAUGGCAUCCACAGGGUUGGAUGACAAUGAGCCACUGAUCUACAACAGAGCAAGGUAUUACAUUCACAACAAAAAAGGUCAUCUCAUCAAUGCCCCCUACGUGGAUAACUCUUACAAGUGGGCUGGCGGUGGUUUUGUGUCUACCGUGGGUGAUCUUCUUAAAUUUGGAAAUGCCAUGCUCUACAGUUACCAGCUUGGGCAGGUGAAAAAAAUGGCUGCUGGACUUCUUCCUGGCUAUCUCAAGCCUGACACGAUAGCAACGAUGUGGACCAUGGUCCCGACCACAGGAGCCUCCCAGGACAAAGAGGGUUCAUAUGGAAUGGCUUGGUUUGUUGUGCAGAAGAAGCAGGAAUGCGGCCAUUGCAGAGAGCAGCGACACUACACCUUCCACACCGGUGGGGCAGUGGGAGCAAGUAGCGUCCUCCUCAUUCUUCCUGAAGAGUCGGACUCUGGGACUGCAAGUGGUAGCAGUCUGGUACCACCCCGUGGCGUUGUCAUCACGAUUAUUUGUAAUAUGCAGUCAGUUUCCCUUGACAGCACUGCGUUAAAACUUGCGAUGGAAUUUGAAAAGGACAGGGUAGCACAAUGCUCUGAUCAAAGCUGCUUAUAGGACAAAUCCAGGUUGGGAAAGAAAUGUGGAAGGCUUGAGGGAUUACAGGUAUCUGCAGCCCAGGAGGUGCCUCUCUUGCUUUCCAAGUGGAUGGCGCUGCGUUAGGUCUGGCCGUUCACAGGACAAGCCCUUCCUCCUUGAAUGGGACAGGAAUAUCCGGUUUUUCUGAUCCAAGUGGCCAAAAGCAUUAGCCAAAUGCAGGUCCUGGUGAGACAUUUUGCCUCCUCUUCCCCUUCUGCCACUGAGACAAAUUGUGAUGCGCAGAAUGGAUGUUUUGCUUGGAAACCUCUGUGGGAUACCCUUGAUCUCCUAGCUAGGUCUGCGGGCAGAAUCUUCACUUUCAAAAUGGCAGUGGAACGUUUUACCCAACAGCGAAGAUUGCUCUUGCUGCUGACUGCCAUCCCAUGGACACAGGGGAUCCCUCCUGGCAGGAUUUUAGUCCCGCUCCAUCUCUCUGCAAGGGUGGCAAGUCCUGAUCCAGCAUGGAAGAAGUUUUCAGCCAGUGAAUAAAACUGCUUCCCCUCAUGGCUGAGGCAGUUACCAACGGAGGCCGCUCAAGCAGUAUUGAUGGUGCAGAAAAUCACACUGCCAGUACCAUGGAAUUGGCUGCCCAAGAUAACUUUAAGUAUCAGAUCAGGUGCUAGCAUUAUAAUUGUGUUUGGUGGGUUACUGUUUUUAAUAGCUUGUAGGCCAAACACCAUUUCCCUAGGUUUAAGGGUCAUCAGGCAUUUCUUGGAUAGGCUCCAGUUUCUGUCUGCUGGUCAGGCUGGCAAUUUGCAGUUGUUUCCAGAAUUUGGCUAAAAGCCAUAGCUGGAUAACUUGCUGCCAACCUGGACAGCAGAUGGUCGUUGCUCUCGGUUACCAGAAUCCCAUGUGACCAUCUCCUAAUAUUUGAUACCCCAUUUUCUCAGAAACAAGAUGAAAACUAGUGUCUUAAAGCUUUUCAGAGACAUUUACCAAGCUUGUCAAAGGCUGCAAUUUUGUGUGUGCUUUUCAGAGUUUGUUCUGUUAAAUAAAUGGGGACUUCUGAGCAGAUGUGUAAACGCAGGCUAAAAACCUUUUAUCUGGGGCCUUAUUUUUAACCAAACCUCCCUGCAGUUUCAAAUUCAUAUUCAAGCUGGACCUAGAAACUUCUCUUACAGAAACUCUGUAUCCCAGAAUUUCCCUGGAAGUUUAUUGCACUGUAUAGAUGUCCAUUAUACCCUUUCCAUUUUAUUAACCCUGUCAACAAUUUGUCUGGUAGGUUAACUCAACUGCCUUUAUAUUGUUUUUGGAGUUAGGAAAACUAAGUCAACACAUUGCUGAUCCUGGCUGGUAAAUUUUUCUCUGAGGUUUUGUCUUAGCUUUUUAGCAAAUGUUGAGACCUGUUGCCUCAGAUCUCCAGUUUCCAUGGCUUGUUCUUUUUGAGGUCUUAGAUUUCUCAUGCAUCUUUUUGAAUCUUGUGUCUCCUUGCAUUUUAUCCUGGGAUAGUAAGUAGCUACAUUUUUUGUUGGUGUGUGGUGGCCCAGAUAUAGUCAGAGCCAAGCUCAGUUCACCCAUUAAAGCUAUAAUGUGAAAUGAGGGGGAAAUGGGUAUGUGCUGUGGCCCCAGCUCUACUCUCAAAGUGGUUUCCCUGGCCCUGAAGAGGAACCCCUCUUCGAAUAUCCACGUGACAUGCGAGUAAAGAGGGGCCGCAAUGCCAGAGCAUCGGAAUUGGGUAGUAGCACAUUUCCAUUUCUGGUUCUAGUGUGGCCCCUUCACACCCAUUACACUUGUACCAGCCAGCCUAUUGGCCAUGCUUCUUGAUCAAACAUAGUCCUGUUCUUUUAAUGAGCUAAUCCAGUCAGAGGUCCCUUAUAAAAUACUAUUCAUCUGAUUUUGUUUGUGUUUGAUAACACCAUGGGUUAAAUUUUAAACUGUCUUUAUUGGAAGAUACAACCGUGAACUUGCAUAAAUGCUAGACUUAUAAUAAAUAUUCAGAUUAAAAUAAAGGGAAGAUGUUUACAUUCUUCAGUAACUAGUGUAGAGAAGGUAGGUUUUGAAGUGGAUGAUACUGUUGUUCCCUCUUUCUUCCAUAUCGGGUGCCUGAUCAGAAACACCGUUCUAUUCCAUCUUUGAAAUUUGGAAUGAUCUGUUAGUGUUAUUGGUUUAAGUGCCAAAUGAUCAUGUUGUCCCAUAUCUUGCUUUUAACAAGCUGAGCACGUGAAAGAAUGGUAGGCAAGCCCUGCUGAUUUGGGUCCCCCAACUGCUUAUUCAGGUUCCUAAUCAUGUAAAAUUGUAUUUAGAACUUUUUUUUAUGAAUCUGACUAGCUUUUGUAUCCCUUAAUCAAUAAACACUUUAUACUGUUUGCACUGUUC